UGAGCGCUAUGUUAUCUUGUAGGACGUUUUGAUUAUUUAGUCUGGGGUAGAAUUAGAAUUUAGUCGCUGAAUAUAGCGAGAAGUCUCCCUGUUUUUCUUCUGUCUUCUUCUUCUUUUCUUGUUAUGUUGUAGCCAUCACAAGUGGGCUGACAUCUUCUUCUUUUGACCGCAAUGUUGCUUCACAGUGGUUAGUUUAAACCUAAGACUGCUUCUUGGGGAAAAGGUGGGAAGAUAUACAGUCAUUAAAGUUUCCCGUUAGAGCCUUUCGGCCCCAAAAGAGGAUGAUUCGGGGAAGGUAUUUAUUCACUGCUGGCCUGCAGUGCUGCAAAUGCAGAGUGAGCUGUCAUGUAAAAAGACAUUACAGCUUCCUCCAAGAUGAUGUCAAAUCAUUGCGGGCUGUCGUCAGUCCUGAUAUAUCCAAGAUCCGAAACAUUGGCAUUAUGGCCCACAUUGAUGCAGGAAAGACAACAACCACAGAAAGGAUGCUUUAUUACUCUGGCUAUACGAGAGCACUAGGAGAUGUGGACGAUGGGGACACAGUCACAGAUUUUAUGGCUCAGGAGAGGGAGCGUGGCAUCACCAUACAGUCGGCAGCAGUCAUAUUUGAUUGGAAAAGUUAUAGAAUAAACCUUAUUGACACCCCAGGGCACGUUGACUUCACUCUCGAGGUAGAGCGGGCACUUCGGGUGCUUGAUGGGGCCGUUGCUGUGUUUGAUGCCUCUGCUGGCGUUGAGGCUCAAACUCUGACCGUGUGGAGACAAGCAGAGAAGCACCACGUUCCCUGUGUUUGCUUCCUGAAUAAGAUGGAUAAGCCUGCAGCAAGCCUAAGUUUUUCUAUCGAGAGCAUAAGACAGAAGUUGAAAGCCAACCCAGUCCUCCUGCAGAUUCCUGUCGGCAGUGGCAAAAGCUUCUCAGGUGUCGUAGACUUGUUAACCAACCAGAAGCUGAUGUGGAAUCUAAGCUCUUUGGAAAAUGAUGGACGAAUGUUUGAAAGCAAACCCCUCGAGCAGUCGGAUGCGCCAGAACUCCUGCAGGAGGUCAAAGAGGCCAGGGCGGCCUUAAUAGAGCAGAUUGCUGAUCUGGAUGAUGAGUUUGCUGAGUUGCUGCUGACUGAUUUUAGUGAGAAUUUUGAUGCCAUUCCCUCCAUAAAGCUACAGGAAGCUGUGCGGCGGGUGACACUGGCCCGUAAAGGCGUCCCAGUACUCUGUGGGAGCUCUUUGAAAAACAAAGGUGUUCAGCCUCUUUUAGAUGCCAUCACCGCCUACCUGCCUGCCCCCAGUGAACGGCACCAUGACCUGGUGCGGUGGUACAAGGACGACUUGUGUGCUCUGGCCUUCAAGGUUCUCCAUGACAAGCAGCGUGGUCCUCUGGUAUUUCUUAGGAUUUACUCCGGUACUCUCAAACCACAGACUGCCAUCCACAACAUUAACAGGAACAGCACUGAGAGGAUGAGCAGGCUGCUGGUGCCGUUCGCUGAUCAGCAUGUAGAAAUCUCCUCCAUGACAGCGGGAAACAUCGCUCUGACUGUCGGACUGAAGCAGACCAUCACAGGGGACACCAUCGUUUCAUCAAAGGCUUCAGCAGCAGCUGCAGCUCGCCGAGCCCAAAAAGACAGCGGGGUAGGGAAGAAGAGUGGGGAGCAUGCCACCAUGGUCCUUUCAGGCGUGGAGGUCCCUGAUCCAGUCUUCUUCUGCACCAUAGAACCGCCAACCAUGGCCAAACAGGCUGAUCUUGAGAAUGCACUCAACUGCCUCCAGAGAGAAGACCCCAGUCUUAAAGUCAGGGUCGACCCUGAUUCUGGCCAGACCAUUUUGUGUGGAAUGGGAGAGCUGCACAUCGAGAUCAUCCACGAUCGAAUCAGAAGAGAGUAUGGCAUUGAGACUCACCUUGGACCUCUGCAGGUGGCUUACAGGGAGACAAUUCUCCAUGAGGCCUCUGCUACAGAUACGCUGGACCGUGCUGUUGGCGAGAGGCGACAUGUUGUGACAGUGGAGCUGGCCGUCAGACCUGUGGACAUCUUCUCUUCGGGUGGUUCGUGUCAAUUUGCGGUCACAGAGGAACUGGGGGCGCAGCUACCAGCAGAAAUGAAGGAGGCGCUGGAGAACGGAGUACACUGCUCGUAUCUUCAAGGUCCGUUGCUAGGUUAUCCUUUACUGGGUGUAUCCACACUGAUUCAGAGCGUCAACAUGCAACCUGGAACAUCUCCUGCCAUGGUGUCCGCCUGCGUGUCCCGCUGCAUGCUGAAGGCCCUGAGGCAAGCAGGAGGUCAGGUCCUGGAGCCGGUGAUGUCACUGGAGGUGACUGUCAGGGAGGAGUACCUUGGCUCCGUGCUGGGGGAUUUAGCCCAAAGACGAGGAACCGUCCGAGAUAUCCAGAGUCGUCAUGACAACAAAGUGCUGCUAGCAACUGCGCCACUGGCUGAGAUGAUGGGUUACUCCACCAUCCUGAGAACGCUGACGUCAGGCAACGCCACCUUCUCUCUGGAGCUGGACACCUAUGAGGCCAUGAACCCCCAGGACCAGAACGUCCUCCUUAAAAGGAUGUCCGGUCUGCUGUGAUCCACUAUUCUCAACACUGUGUGACUGUUCAGCAAUGGGACCAACAGCCUUCUGAGACAGAGGCAUGGCUAAUAAUAUCCAAAAAGACUUUUCUAGGAUUUACAGUAAAGACUUCACUACUGAAAAGUAGCCUAAAUAAAAUGCUACUUACAGCAUGAAUUCCCACUGCAGGGAGACAAUACAAACAAUGCACCGUGUUGUUAAU